CGCAUACUACAGAGUAUACUUACUUGCAUAGUGAAAUGUUAACACAAUCUACCUCAGUUCAGAGUAGAACCAGACAGACAGACCCCUUGUUUAUGUUUAUAAGUUAAUAACUUAACUCCCCCUUUCUUUUUUCCUGAAAUAUUUAAAAUGGGCUAAUUAUGGAAAAGGAAAUAUUUUCCAAAUAUUCCUCUUUUCUCCGUAGAAGAUGACACAAUGGCUCUAUACUGCACACACAGCUUUCCCACAGUCUGCAGACACUGAAUAUUUGUUUUCACUGGUAGUUAGGCAAUGACUUGGGAACUCACACAGUCACAUAUCUGGAUUUUGUGGGGAGAAGUUGUGAGUGCCAUGAUCACAAUCAAAAACUGCUCUCUUGAUAAUUGCAUCCUAAGAAUAAAUCGGCUGCAGCAAGGUAUCAGAUAUUAAUGAGCAUGUUUCCCUCUCAAAGGUGACAUAGACAACUACUAUUUAGCUUUACGAUGACAUAAAUAGCUGCCGACGGGAACCUGUGCUCUCGGCACCGGAGGGCUCCGCCGUUUCCAGACCAGACCACAAGGAUGAGGCGAGAAACCGCCACAAUUCUAAUUUAUGAAUGAGGAGAACUAGUUAACAUCGGGCGCCACAACCAGUGAGGACCCACCGAGAAAAAACCUUCAACGCCGAGCAUUAUAUUAGUAACAAUGAGGGAACUUCUGAGUCCCAGCCCUUGCUCGGGAAAGGAAAUUCCGCCACUGAGCCCUUCCCAGUCUAAAAACAUGGUAAUCGAGAAUUUAGGGCUGGCCUAGCGUACUCUCGCUCUCCUCUUCCGCAAAUCCCGGUGGGAGAAAAUAAAUAGAAAAAUUGAGAGAAAGGAUAAUCAACACGAAACCGACUUAUCGGUAUGAGUUUAUUUUUAUGAACGAUUACCAGGGAUUGAGUGAUUGGCCCGCCAAAAGUUGUAACGAGAUUGGGGAUAUCGGCCUAGUUCAUGAAACGAAUUCCUGAAGCCCCUGGUGCUGAUGGGGGAUUCAAUGAACAAAAUAGCGGCCAUCUUAAUGUCCAAGAUGGCCAACAAGGGGAAUCAUCCCCCCCUCCCCCGGCUCAAUCGGUUUCAACAGCAUCUGGCGAAAAACAGAUAGGCGAUGUUGAGAUGGACGAAAAAGUAAAAGGAGAAGGGAAUAUCGGAAAGGGGUUCAUCGAGACCGAAAAUAUACUCUCAACCUUAGGAGCCACUGAUGACAAGAAUAUAAGGGAUAUCGAAAAAUACCCAAACAGGAAAUCAAAUUCAUCCCUAGCCCUAGAGGAGAACGGCGAUGGCCCAGGUUCACAACUACCCGGAGCGGACAGCUUAUCGAGAGAUCUUGAGGGAAAUAUAUACCCCGAAGGCGGGGUAGAGGCAUAUCUUGUCGUUUUUGGAUCCUUCAUGGCUCUCUUCGGCACUCUGGGUCUUUCGAAUUCGUUAGGAUCAUUUCUAGCAUGGAUAAGUACGCAUCAGCUAAAGGAGUAUAGCCAGCGCAGCAUCAGCUGGAUAUUCGGCAUCUAUGCGUUCCUCAUGUUCUUUGGUGGUCUCCAAAUCGGCCCAAUCUUCGAUGCCAAAGGUCCUCGAUUUCUCGUCCUUGCAGGCGCCGUCAUGGUAAUGCUCAGCAUUUCCCUGGUCGGAUUUUGCGAGGAAUAUUGGCAUUUCAUGGUUGUAUGGGGGGUUAUUGGUGGAAUUGCUGUGUCUCUGAUCUUCACCCCGGCCUUCGCUAGCCCAGGCCACUUCUUCUACCGUUUAAGGGGCAGAGCAACGGGAAUUGCCGCAACAGGAGGGAGCGUUGGUGGCAUUGUGUACCCAUUAAUGAUGCAGGAUCUGUUACCCAAAGUGGGUUUUGCAUGGGCGACUCGCGCUAUGGCUUUGGUUACGCUUGUCUCAGUAACAAUCGGGUGCAUACUGAUCAAGUCGAGGUUGCCAAAGAAAAAGGCAACGAAGGAAAAUAUACUUCCCGACUUCCGGAUCUUAUGGGAACCACAAUUUGCACUGACAACGCUUGGAAUAUUCUUCAUAGAAUGGGGCCUUUUUAUCCCGAUCACGUACAUCUCCGCUUAUGCUCUUUCUCACGGCAUGUCGGAAAAGUUCUCGUACCAGGUGCUUGCUAUCCUUAAUGUCGGAUCCUGUUUCGGAAGAUGGAUCCCAGGGUUCACUGCAGAUUACAUGGGAAGGUUCAACACUAUGAUCGCGACAGUGGCGAUUUGCUUCUUAUCCUGCGCUUGCCUAUGGUUGCCGGCUGGUGAUAGCGUUGCAAUGUUAGUAGUAUAUGCGUUGGUAUUUGGAUUCGGAAGCGGGAGCAACAUCAGCUUGACGCCUGUUUGCAUCGGCGAAUGCUGUAAAACAGAAGACUAUGGGCGAUAUUAUGCAACAGCUUAUACCGUUGUUAGUCUUGGAACCUUGACGGGCACUCCAAUCGCAGGAGCGAUUCUUACCAGCAAUGGCGGCAAUUACUGGGGUCUCAUUACAUUUACCACCGUCUGCUAUUUUGCGGGAUUGGUUUGCUUUGUCGCCGCGAAAGUUGUUCGGCAUGGACGGACUCUGUGCGGGUGAUCUAUUAAAUGAGAGUAUGGGGUGUGCAUUGGGAUAUCAAGUCAAGAUACACCGAAUCGGGUUAGCAACCCUGAAACACUUGGACAAAGUGGUCGAAAUAAAUAGAAAAUUUAGACAACCUAAUGCACACUCAUCGUGAAUAAUGAUUCCUUAAUCGCAUGGAUUCAUCAGUCAAAUGACCAUAUAGCAACCCAUCAUCCAAUGUGAAGAAGUAAACAUAAUUUCGGUCGGCACAAAGCAGCCCAAGUCUUUGACCAUUGUGAGUUCCCUGCUGUCCAGUUAGAGCUCGCAGUAAACGUGGCAGUUCAAGGCGAAAAAGGAAGCGUAACAUUGGAGGCGAGGCGGUUGACAAAAAAAGAAAAAAACAGGAAGGCAGGUGGGGUUGGAUUUUUCUACAUCUGCAUUGCCUACGAGAUAUCAACUGAGACAUCGUUUAAUUCUAGCCCUUUUGAAUAUGCAGGCAGGUUGCUUCCAAAAGGUCAAGAGAUAUCCACACUUGACAAGUCACCAAUCCUAAAAUCAAGUCGUGGAGAACUAAGCUCUAAUAAGUGGCGGACGGGGAUGUACACCUUGAUGCGGCGAGCGCAAAAUCUCAUCAAUUACAUUCCCCUCAGCAUCAUAGCUUCCAGUAAUUAGAACACUAAUAAAAUGUGUCUCAGGAUGCCAGGAAUGACCGCGCCCAGUACAACCGACUUUGUUCGCGUCAAAAAAGAAGAUUGAGUCACUCGAGGUGCCAUGCCAUGAGGGAGGGCAGGCGUAAAAUUGUUGCCUCAUUGGGAUGGUACCUCGUUCGCCUUCCUCGUGAUGUUGUAGGCAGGUCUCAGUGCAUUCACGAUUCGACUUAAAAAUAAAUAAAUUUAUCAAUAAAUAAAAUGACAAAAAGCGUUGGAAAU